AUGCCGAGAAAAGAAACAUAUUCUGGGCCGCUGUCAGCCCAAGCACAGCAGGAUCUCGUCUCAGAGGGCAUCGAAAACUAUGAGCUUCCCAAGAGCCUCGUCAUGAAGAUCGCGAAAUCUGCUAUACCCGAGAAUAUCAAACUUCAAAAAGAAACAGUCCUGUCUCUUGUGAAAGGAUCAACAGUCUUCAUCAACUACCUUGCUGCUACCGCCCAUGAUGUCGCCCAAUCGAAACAACAUAAGAGCAUAUCCGCCUCUGAUGUCCUAAAGGCUCUUGAAAUGCUGGAAUUCGGAGACAUGGCCAGCAAGCUCCAGGGAGAACUUCAAAUCUAUCGUGACCUAACAAAAACCGAGCCCAACCCAAAAGGGAAGAAAAGCGUCCCCGUCGGCCCCGCGGCGGCCUCAGCAAAGAAAAAUGGGAGUAUUUCUUCAGCUUCGACAGCAGCUAAAGGCAAGGGCAAGGAAAAGGCUCUACCGGGUGACCCUCUACCCCCUCCAUUCACCUCGGCGCCGCUAGACCUUGCAGGCUCAGCACCAUACGCAGGAGAAUCCAUCUCUGGUUCAGGGCCAAUGGACGUGGACGACGAAGACCAGGGUAUUGGUGCAAGUGCAAGAGAAGAGAUAGAGAUGGAUUACGAGGGUGAUGGACAAGAUGACAUCGGACAGGAAGAGCUAGAUGAGGAAGAUGAGGAUGAAGCGGAGGAACUUGUUAAUACUGUUGCCCUUGAGGAAGAGGAACUGAGAAAGGAUGGGAGGGUGCUAGACGAGGGAAAGCCCGUGCGAGAUGAUGACGAUUAG